AUGUUUGCUGCACUUUCCAAGCUCUGCACUUCUAGGCUAGCGCGCUCCGAAGAAGCUGCGGAUGAGGUCAGCGCGACCUCGACGCCAACCUGCACGAGGGCCGACGGGAGCGUCCCUGCUGUCCAUGCAGCCUUCUACCUCUGGUAUGGUACUCCGGAGGUGGAUGGCAAGUGGCUGCACUGGGAUCACAAGGUGCUUCCUCAUUGGGACAAGGAGGUAGAUGCCAAAUAUGACAAGUUCAACUGGAGCCCGCCAGACGAGCCCCACGCCACCUUCUAUCCUGAACGGGGCCCAUACAGCUCAAGCGACGAGUCCAUCCUCCUGAGCCAGUUUGAGGAUCUGGCAAAGGCAGGUGUUGACUCCGCAAUGUGUUCCUGGUGGGGGCGAAAGGACUGGGCCGGCAAGCGAGAUGAUGCUGACUCAGGUGCCAACACGGAUGAACUGAUUCCAUCGGUGCUUGAGGCUGCAGUCCAAGCCGGCGUUUUUGUGUCCUUCCACAUUGAGCCGUACGGGGGCCGAUCCCCGCAAACGUUCCUGGAUGACCUCGCCUACAUCGUCCGCGAGUACGGGCACCACCCAGCCAUCUGGCGCGAGGGCCCAAAGAAGCUGCCACUCUUCUGGCUGUAUGAUGUUUCGGCCCAGCACUCCAUGCAGGAUAUCGCUGCUUGGAAGGAAGCACUCGAUUCCGUACGAGGCACCGAGUUGGACGGCGUGUUCCUUUGUACGCCUGCUGCAUUUGGGCUCUUGGCCAAGCCUCUGCUGCCACCGGGUCUGAUGCCCUUCAGACUGCAAGGUCCCUGGCGCAUGCGCCGACGCUCGGCCAGUCGGGGUGGACUGCGGCCGACCAGCGCGCCAAGGCUGGCAAAGAGCUUCGAGCCUGGAGGAGGAGAUGCAACAGUAAAGGGUCAUCCGAACCCAUUCAAAGUGCGGAACACAGUUUUUCUUCAAGAGCGGCGGCAGAAGUCCCCCAAACCAGGUGCCAGGAAGGGCGCACCGACGGGAGGCACUGCGGCAGAAGUGUCGAUGCUUACCAGAUCGCCUAAUGAUUCGAAGAAGCUUCGACAGCGGCAACGAGAACACUUGGUUCUACAAAAUCUAGAGCGCCUAGAAGACAAGCACACCGCAGCCCGUGCUGUGCAGGCAUUGGAGGAGGUCAUCGGGACCUCGACUUCGGUGGAGGAGCUGAACCGAUUCCUUCGUCUUGGCUUCGACAGCAAGAGACCGCUCGUCACACCCAAAGCCCGUCAAGAGCAGCUGCUGUUGCUGCGAUCAAUAGUUCGGCAGUUUCACAGCCUUGGCGGCGACGAUACUUCUGCUGCUACAGCCGCACUGAAGGAUCAGAGCUGCUGCGGCAUGCCGAAGAUGUUGGAUCGAGCCAAGCUGCUGAAAGCGAAAGCCGAACCACGUAACGACAAGGAACCACUCCUCCAGCCCCGUUGA